AAACGUAUGUCUUUGAUUAAAUCAUGAAAAUUCGAUGUAACUAUCUUUUACACAGUUACACACGGCAUAAAUUUGUAUUGGUUUGUUUAAACAAAUACAUUUAAUUGGGGUCUACGUUGUGUUGUUGAUAAAGUUUUAUUUAUCGCUCCAUAAAUUUUUCGUACUUGGGUUUUGUUGGUUAGGUGUGUGCCUGUGCAACGUCAAAAAGUGACAGUAGCGUAAAAAUGUUAAAUAAAUUGUUGCUAAAUGUGAUAAGGUUGUGGGUGCAAAAAGAAGAUAUUAAUUAGUGAACUUUGAGAGGAUAAUCAAUAAAUCCAGGAUUGGACGUGAUGGAAAUGCGCAUGUCGUUUGGAGGACACUCACAAAUUGUCACAAAUUUGUGUAAAUAGCCACCAAAUUGUUCCUUUAUUAUUUAACCUUUCUAGUGCUAUGAAAAUUCAAAGAGAAUUACUUCCGCAACAUGAAUGAACGUACUGGAUGUUAGUUAAACGUUCUUUGUAAGGGCAACAGAAAAACUAGUCUUUGAUAUUUAUUAUUUGGAAAAAUGACUUCCAACUCUAUUCCUGUACUUCUAGUCACAGCUAAUGUUGGAUCUAUUUUUGAAGAUCCAGCUCAGAUGCUGGAGCUAUGGACGAAAGAGUUCCUGGCCACUGUAACAAAAUUGGACCCGAAAUUUAUCGCUCUGCAUUGUCAGGAAGUCGGUGGAAAAAAUUACGAGGAGUCCAUGAGACAUGUGAAGCUUUUCCUUGACUUGCUCAUGACCAGCAGCGAGCUUCGUUUGUUUGACAAAAUCAGGGUUUUCCUCGAUGAGGAUUAUAGCUCUGCUGAAAAUUUUACGGCAUUGGGUAACUUGUACUUUAUCCACGAAUCCAUGGAAAAUGUUCUUCUGUGGGAUUUUAAAGACUCCGCUUAUGUUCCGGUACAGGGUAAAGAAAUAUACUCCGGCAACAUUGAAUCGGUGGUGACCAAAGAAAAGGCGAAAUUCCCGCAAAACUAUUUUCCCGAGUGCAAAUGGUCCAGGAAGGGCUUUAUGCGCACGCGCUGGUCCCUGCAGGGCUCCAUCUUCGACCUGAUCAACAUUCAUCUGUUUCACGACGCGUCAAACUUCGUCGCCAUGGAAACGUGCCCCUCGAUCUACUGCCAGACGCGACGGAAAGCUCUCGAGCACACGCUGCACCGUUUCCAUAACGACCAGUACGGCAAGGCCCCCUACUUUUUGUUCGGCGACUUUAAUUUCCGAACAGACACGGAAGGCGUUGUGAAAAAAUUAACCGAGGGACUUAACAAGGUACAAAGCAGCAAGAACGAGGUUCAGUAUACGAACGACAAUAAGUGUAUUUUGACUUUGGGGAAGAAGGAGUUCAAUCAUUUUGAUCAUCAGACGGUUUUCUACAAAUCCAAUCCGACAUGGUUAAAAUCCUACGACAAAGAGCUGGAAGCGUUCAAGGAGCACUUGAUAGAGUACCCUGUGACUUUCCCGCCUUCGUAUCCGUUCGAGGAGAAAAUUUCGCAGGGCUCCUGCUACAUGCAGACGCGAUGUCCGGCGUGGUGCGAUCGCGUGCUCCUGAGCCACACCGCGAAACAAUUGGUCGACGACCGGUCCGAAGUCGGCUACAACGUUAUCGGGGCGGAAACGUGCAUGGGCGACCACAAGCCGGUGUAUCUUAAGGCGGACUUGAGGGUUAACGCAGGACCAAAUUUAAGUUUCGACGAUAUAAAAAUGCAGAACUUGACCAAAAAGGACGUGGAUUCAUCAACCAUCACCAGAUAUAUUUACAUUCAGAAUAUCGAUAACCCUGUGAAAAUAUUCAGAGAGACGGCCGUUUAAACUCAAAAUUUUAGCACAAAGUUUUCCAAAAUUGCCCACCAACUAUCAAGCCCAAGUUUUUUGAAAUUUGCGACUCUACACUCUAUAUUUGACCAUUUUUAUAAACCUCUAAUGGAAAAACCUAUUUAAAACGGCAAUACCAUGGUAAUAAUCACCGUUUUAAAUACACUCACAGGCAAAAUAAUCGAUCCACACAAAUUUUCGAUGAAUUUCAAUCGCAAAUAAC